CCGAUUUGCAAUUUUAAAUUUCAUUCUCAUUCACGCGCAUGCGGUAGUUAUUUUAUGGGAAUAAAAUAUAAAAUAAAAUAAAAGCAGCAGAAAAUAGAAAAAUCAGAAGAGGGAGAAGAGAGAAAUGAGAGAGAUCUCUAUCGAGGAGGAGAGAUGGAUGCGAUUUCUUCUUCUUCUCUGUUCGAUUUCAUCGCAGUUCGUUCCAGGAGUUUCAGACAAUUCAUCAGGCCCCGGAAAUGAGAAGAAGGCUGAUGGUGGCAGCUCUUCGAGCAAGAGCGCUAGCUAUAAGGCACUUGUAAUAUGCAUUGGAGUUGUAGUGGUUUCUGUGCUAUCUUUUUUCCUUUUCAAAUUUUGGCAAAGAAAAAGGCGCGAAGAGCAAUAUGCUCGUCUGUUAAAGCUGUUCGAAGAGGACGAUGAGCUUGAAAUGGAGCUUGGCCUCCGCGACUAAUUCCAUUUCCACGUGUUUCGUUUCAAUGAAUCAAGAUGAAAGUUUCAGGACAUAUUGGGAAAUGUGUGCUUAGCUAUGUAAAAGUCCAUAGGCGUUUAGGCCCUUGGAGGCAUUUUAGUUUCCCUACUACAGCAUAUGUGGUAGAUGUCAUAUGAAAGGGUUGGUCGCUUGGUCGAUGGACGCUGCUUAUUACUAGUGGUAAAAGGAUUUUUCAUUCAUUUCAAAGUCUUCACUAUCUUAUUUCGUCGUUCAUUUCUCUGUUACCUCUAUCUGUAUUUGUUAUUGUGAAAUAUGUUUCCGAAGCUUAUCAGAUUACCUUAGAAAAUGUCUGCAAUUUCUGCGUUUGUGCAAUGCAGUACUUUCUUAACCUUCUAGUUUCAAGUGCAUAUUUGUAACUAUGAUAACGAGUAUGUUCUUUUCGGACUUAUUUUCAUUUCAGUUCAUUUCAUGUCGAUUAAUUACAUUAUAGCUAAGUUCAUUUGAGUGUAGUACUUUUCAGGUAACAACAUUACAAAUAACUUUUAGGUUAAUUC